GCGUGGGGUAAACGAAAAGGCAAAAGACGGAGGCAUUGGAAAAUUAAAAGAAGCAGUAGUAGUUUUGUACGCAAUGGAACCUCGUGGUCGCGGCCGUCGCUCUCCGUCCACUCCCCCGGGUGUUGUGGGAUAUGACCAAUCAGGGUUUGAUAUAUGCCACCCUAAGCAACCUGGAACCAUAGUUUUGAAACCUCCUUUGCUCGUAAAGAACAGAGAAAAGAGACGUUCUAGUUGUAGCAGUGCGAAAGCGUUGUCAUUAAGGGCGGGGAUGGUCCUUCUGAAGGGUUACCUUGCCCUAAGCGAUCAGGAGAAGAUAGUGGAAAGAUGCAGAGAGUUGGGAGUGGGAGAUGGAGGAUUCUACCAGCCAGGUUAUGGGGAAGGGAGUAAAAUGCAUUUGAAGAUGAUGUGCCUCGGAAAGAACUGGGACCCUGACACAAGUCAAUACGGUGACCAACGCCCCUUUGACGGAGCAAAGCCACCGGAGAUUCCUCCCGAGUUCCAUAACUAUGUUCGCAACGCACUCCGGGAUUCCAAUGCAUUCUUUCCUGAUAAUUCCCUUCCCUCCAUCUCACCCGACAUUUGCAUUGUCAAUUUUUACUCUCAAAGCGGCCGUCUUGGUCUUCAUCAAGACAAGGAUGAGAGUGAAGAUAGUCUUGGCCGAGGCUUGCCCGUCGUUUCCUUCUCCAUUGGAGACUCUGCAGACUUCUUGUACGGUGACCACAGGGAUGUCGACAAGGCGCAUAAGUUGCAACUGCAAUCCGGAGAUGUUUUGAUCUUUGGUGGCCCCUCUAGACAUGUAUUCCAUGGCGUAACCGCUAUUCAUCCAUCCACUGCCCCCACCCUCUUGCUCCAACACACUAAUCUUCGCCCUGGUCGCUUGAAUCUUACCUUUAGACAGUACUAAAUUCAUAUUCAUAUGCCUUUUCUCUUCUCGCUUAUCUAUGCUAUUGCUACCUGUUUUGUAAAUUAAGGUUUGCGUUUCUAAUGCUAUCUCAUUACUUUCUGUAACAAAUAACUUCUUACAAUUCUGUCUUCUCUUAUUACUGCAAUUCUGCCACUAUGUUUGGUUUCA